CCUAUUCCUUAAUCUCUUAUAUCCGCUAAUACCGCCAGAGAUGUUUACUCGCUAGCACCAGCUGCCGUCAACAAAAACAUCAAAGUUCUGUGCUGUGAAGCUCCGCGGUGGGGGCAGAUUUUUUAUCUGAAGUCUGACGAGAGAAGAAGCCAGCUGCUGGACAUGGCCUCCUCUGAUGAUGCAGAAGGAUCUCUGACUCCAGUGGAUUUUAUCCAGCUGCAGCACUACAUGGAAGACAGCAGUUUGAGGGUGCAAGAUGUAAUCAAGGAGUUUCACACCGGGGGUCGAAUGGCUCAGCACUGCUUUGGAGAGUGCAUGGAUGCAGCCGGAUUCUCCCUCUUUCUCAAGACCUACCUAGAGCUGGAUGACUUCCCUGCAGAUUUCUGUCAGCGCCUUUUUCACUAUUUUCAAAAUAUGGAUCAGGAUGGGUCCAAUAAGUGCUCUCUGCCAAAAGCAGCAGGCAGGGUUUGUCUUCGUGACGUGUCCUGUUACUUUUCAGUGCUGGAGGAAGGACAGCCACGUGAAAAACUUGAAUUUACUUUCAAACUCUAUGAUAAAGACUGCAACCAACUCCUGGACAGCUCUGAAGUGGAUCGUAUAAUCACCCAGAUGAUGCGAGCUGCUGAUUACCUGGGAUGGGAUGUGACUGAACUCAGACCAGUGCUAAAAGAAAUGAUGACAGCGUUCGAUGUGGAUGACAGUGGGACUGUCACUCUGGAGGAAUGGGUGAAAGGAGGCAUGAACAAUGUGCCUUUACUUGUUCUGCUUGGACUGAAGAUGACAGAGAGGGACGGUCAGCACAUUUGGAGGAUGAAGCACUUUAACAAGCCGACCUACUGCUGCGUGUGUCAGAACAUGCUGCUCGGCCUCGGGAAGCAGGGACUCUGCUGCACCUGUUGCAAGUACACUGUCCACAGUCGAUGUGCCAACAAGAAUCCUGAAGCCUGUUCUCGUACCUUUGUGAAAUCAAAAAAGGAGAUUGGUAUCGCGGCCCACGACUGGAUCAGAGCGGACUGUCACUCCAACAAGUGUCAGGUCUGCCACAAGAAGAUCAAAACUUUAGCCGGGAGGCGUUGUGUGUGGUGCCAGGAAUUGCGUCACGAUGAGUGUAUUUUCUCUGGCGUCUCGUCCUGUGAUUGUGGGCCACUAAGAGAUCAUAUACUGCCUCCGUGGGCCAUAUUCCCCAUCUCAAAGGAGGAGGACAGCAGCCUGUUAAACGUCACCCCUGACGGCCACAUCUUGCAGAAGGGGUUGUUGCUGAAGGCAACCAAAGGACAAUCUUUGGAUGCCAAUUGCUCCAGGACAGGACAUAAAGAAGUCAUGAUCGUUCCAAUUCCAGACAGGCACCCUUUGCUGGUGUUUGUGAACCCAAAAAGUGGAGGAAAGCAGGGUGAACGAGUGCUCAGGAAGUUUCAGUACCUGCUGAACCCGCGUCAGGUGUACAACCUCUCCAACGGGGGUCCUGCACCAGGACUUCACUUCUUCCGCAAUCUGCAUCAGUACAGGAUCCUGGUGUGCGGAGGAGACGGCACCGUUGGGUGGCUGCUGGAUGCUAUAGACAAAGCAGACCUAGAGGUGCGUCCUCCAGUAGCUGUCCUGCCUCUGGGCACCGGGAAUGACCUGGCCCGCUGUCUGCGCUGGGGAGGAGGCUACGAGGGGUCAGACUUGAGAGAGAUCCUGAAGGAGGUUGAAGCUAGCGAGCAGGUUCCCAUGGACCGCUGGAGCAUCCAGGUGAUACCAGACAACCCCCAGGAUGCAGCAGACCCCGUGCCCUAUGAGAUCAUCAACAACUACUUCUCUAUUGGAGUGGAUGCCUCUAUUGCACAUCGUUUCCACUCCAUGAGAGAGAAGUACCCGCAGAGAUUCAAUAGCAGAAUGAAGAACAAACUUUGGUAUUUGGAGUUUGCCACUUCUGAAACCAUCUCUGCCACUUGCAAGAAGCUGAAGGAUUGUCUUAUGAUUCAGUGCUGUGGGAGGUCUCUGGAUCUGGGCAGUAUGUCUCUGGAGGGCAUAGCUGUCCUCAACAUACCCAGCAUGCACGGAGGCUCCAACCUCUGGGGCGAGUCCAAGAAGUCUGACGGUGCUCCAAAGGCAGAGCAAAGCGAGGUUAUCACUGACCCUGAACUUCUUAAAACAGUCUCUCAAGAUAUCAGUGAUAGGCGUCUGGAGGUGGUGGGGCUGGAAGGAGCCAUAGAGAUGGGACAGAUCUACACUAAAAUAAAGAGCGCCGGGCACAGACUGGCGCAGACUUCCCAAAUCACCAUCAGGACAACCAAAGCCCUGCCCAUGCAGAUUGAUGGGGAGCCCUGGAUGCAGCCUCCAUGUACUAUCCACAUAACUCACAAGAACCAAGCUAACAUGCUGAGCGCCGUACCAACAAAACCAAGUGGCUUCUUUCAUCUCAAAUGAAUCAACAAUUCAUGCUCCAGUCUGCUGAGGGUCACAACCGAACAACUUUGUUAUUGUGAAUAAUGCAGAAUGGGGGGUUAAAAGAUAUUUGUUUCUGUUUCUAAUAUUAAGUAUUAUUGUGUAUGUCUUUUGCAUCCAAGCCAUGAUAUAAUUUUACAUAAUUAUAAAUGCUGACAGCUUGCGUCUUGCCAGAGAGAACACUAACUAUAUCAAAGUCAUUCCAUUGUGUUUGUGUGCCAUGUUGUGUAUCUUGAGUAUAUGCAUAACAAAUAUAAUACUUUAUUUAAGGUUUUGGUAGCAUUGUUGUGUGUAAACACAUUUACAAUAGUGUAUUAAUGGUUCAUCUAUUGCUCCUAAUGCAGCUGUUGCAACCAGCUUCACCUUAUUCAACAACACUAUACUACCUGUCUGUUCUCAUUUCUUUCAGACUGAAAGAAAAUAUAUGUUUACUGUUUCUUCGAAAAAACUGAUUUUAGAAAGACUUUCAUUGAAUGAAACUGGAAGUGGUUUCAUAAAGAUUUGCUUUACAGUUAUAACUGUCAAAUGCCAGGGGGGGAUUUAUAUAUGUCUUCUAAGAUGUUCCACAUUUGGUUAGAAAAGACAGCACUCAGCAAUCGAUUUUAUACAUGAAAGUACGCUGGACAAAAGUAACGUUAGUUUCAUAGAUGAUGUUGUCCUGUUACUUUGCUGAAAAUGUAUGUCUCUGCAUUAGGCUCGUCACAAAAUACACAGAAACUUUCUGAAAUCGAAUGAAAUGAGACCAACCUAGUAUCUAUGGAGAUUCAGUCUUGUGUUGGAUUUUCAGUGUGCUUAUAUACAUGUAACAUGAUGGUCUUAAUGUUAAAUUGUGUAGUCUUCCUUUGCCUGUGUGUCUUGACAUUAUUGCAUACAAUGUUUCAGUAGGAUGCUUAUAGUAUAUAGCAUAACAUUGUCCUCAGAAUUAAUUAUAAUCUGUUGCACACCUACAAGUGUGUUUGUAAUACAGUGUACAGUGGAGAUCUUAUUGUAUGUUGCAGCUCAAUAUUGAGCUAGAAAAGAUUUGUUAAUACUGAAAUGACCCAAAAAGAUGCUCCAGUAUAUAUUAUGCAAAUACAAAACCUCCAUUUUCAUCUAAUUCUUAAACUCUUUUAAGGUAAAAGGGUCAGCAUACCCACAUUGUAGCAGGGUCUUUUAAAUGACUCAUCUUAAUAAUGUGCUGCUAAAUGGAAAAGUUGAAGAAAAACUAAACUUUGCCUCUAAAAACACCUAGUAUCAUGUGUACUUCCAUGUGUAUUUCUCAUAAAGAGUGUUAAAUAACAUUGCUUGUAUUUCAAA